AUGAGCCAUUCCGAUAAUUUCAACUGCAACUUUCCAGCAGAAAAUAUGAAAAAUGCAGAUACUUUUUUAUUUACUUCAGAAUCUGUUGGCGAGGGUCAUCCCGAUAAAAUCUGUGACCAAGUCAGCGAUGCAGUUGUGGAUGCCUUCCUGCGUGUAGAUCCAUAUGCUCGCGUCUCCUGUCAGUGUGCAGCAAAGACAGGCAUGAUUUUUGUCUGUGGAGAUGUGGUAUCAAAAGCUCAUGUGGAUUACCAGAAACUGGUUAGAGACACCAUUAAAAGCAUUGGCUAUGAUGCAAGUGUUAAAGGAUUUGAUUACAAGACAUGCAAUGUGCUUCUGGCUGUGGAAGAGCCCACGGAUAAGGACAUCUCAUCCAGCCACUUCUACCACGAAGCUGACAGCGUGGAGCAGGAGAACGAUCCUGCGGGAGACCAGGGACUCAUGUUUGGUUACGCUACAGAUGAAACAGAUGAGUGUAUGCCACUGACCAUUCUUCUCUCUCAUAAACUGAAUAGAAAAAUAGCUGAGCUGAGAAAGUCAGGUGGGCUACCUUGGGCUCGACCAGACACAAAAACUCAGGUGACAGUUGAGUACAGAAUCGAACACGGAGCAACAGUGCCUGUGAGGGUUCAUACAGUGGUCAUCUCUGUGCAGCACGAUGAGCAUGUCACUCUGGAGCAGCUGAGGAAUGACUUGAUGGAGAAGGUGAUCAGACCAGUGAUCCCAGCCAAGUAUCUGGAUCAGGACACUAUUUACCACCUGCAGCCUUCUGGACGGUUUAUCAUUGGAGGACCACAGGGUGACGCUGGCUUAACAGGCAGGAAGAUCAUUGUGGACACUUACGGGGGAUGGGGAGCCCAUGGAGGUGGAGCACUCUCUGGGAAGGAUGGAGCAAAGAUUGAGCGCUGCGGGUCCUAUGCUGCUCGGUGGGUGGCCAAAUCUUUGGUGAAGUCUGGCUUGUGUCGUCGAGCUUUGGUUCAGAUUUCUUAUUCGAUGGGAGUAGCCGAGCCACUGUCCAUCACAGUAUUUAGUUUUGGCACCUCACGAAAGAGCGAGGAGGAUCUGUUAAAAAUUAUUCGAGACAAUUUUGAUUUGCGACCUGGAAAAAUUGUCAAAGACCUGCAAUUGCGUCGACCAAUCUUCCAGCAGACAGCCUGCUAUGGACAUUUCGGCCGUGAGGAAUUUCCCUGGGAGGUUCCCAAAAUUCUCACUAACUGA